AUGACAGAAGGUCCGCCUUGUAAAGAAUAUCGAUUAGUUGCCAUGGAGCAUGGUGCGACUUUCAGGACAACGGAAGCGUGGUACUGGGAUAUGAAGUCGAUCUUGAAGAGCUUUAAACGAGAACAACCAGGCAACAGUUUUCAUGGUUGCGCUCAUGAGAGAGAAAACAAGAGGGAACUUGGUGACGAGCAUUGCGAGAAUAGACCGGCUCCAACGGAACGCAGCGACGAGUCUUGCAAUUGCGUACUAGAACAUCUCUGA